AUGAAGCACCCAAUUUUUUCCCUAUUCUUUGUGUUAGUUGCUACAGUUUCAGCAAUUAAUGCUAUUCCGUAUGGAUUAAGUAAACGAACUACCCAAUUUGGUGUAUGUGGUACUAUCAGCCCUCUCCCACCGCUUCUCGACGUAUCGAUAUCACCUGAUCCUAUUGUUUCUGGCACGCCCGUUACUUUUUCCAUUAACGGAACUGCGCCAGUUGAUAUUCUCUCGGCUAACGCUGGCAUCCUUUUUUUCAACGACGAGGCAAAAUAUUACAAGACUUUCCACGACGAUUUUUGUAAACUCUCUAACGCAUGCCCAGUCAAGAGUGGUACUAAGUUUGAGUUCAAGUACACGGUUGAUCCGACAGAUUUGCCUGAUUCUUAUACCAUUGACGUCGGUAUAUUAAAUCUCGAUAUCAAACUAUUUAUGUGCGCUACAACCACAGUCUGA